GGGGAGUGCAAGAGCAAUUGAUUUUUUGUGAGGAAAAGUUAUUGUGGGGUCCAAAUUUGUGGAAAAUUUUUGAUUUUCCAGCCGACUGCCUAAGCUACAGCACGAAUUUUCAAUAAGGUCCGUUUGCGCAACUAGAAGACGCAAUAAUGAUUGGUGGUUUGUUCGUUUACAACCACAAGGGCGAGGUACUCAUAUCCCGAGUUUAUCGCGAUGACAUCGGUCGCAACGCCGUGGACGCUUUUCGGGUAAAUGUCAUCCAUGCCCGGCAGCAGGUGCGCUCCCCAGUAACGAACAUUGCGAGAACCAGCUUCUUUCACAUCAAGCGUGCCAACAUUUGGCUCGCAGCUGUGACCAAGCAAAAUGUGAAUGCUGCCAUGGUGUUCGAGUUUUUGUUAAAGAUCAUUGAGGUGAUGCAGUCGUACUUUGGCAAGAUCUCCGAGGAGAAUAUCAAGAACAACUUUGUGCUUAUCUAUGAGCUGCUCGACGAGAUCUUGGACUUUGGCUAUCCGCAAAACACCGACUCGGGCACCCUCAAGACAUUCAUCACACAGCAGGGCAUCAAGUCGGCCACCAAGGAGGAGCAAAUGCAAAUCACCUCCCAGGUUACGGGACAAAUUGGAUGGCGACGCGAGGGCAUUAAGUACCGACGCAACGAACUGUUCCUCGAUGUGCUGGAGUAUGUCAAUUUGCUAAUGAGCCCGCAGGGUCAAGUGCUGUCAGCUCACGUGGCUGGCAAGGUGGUCAUGAAGUCCUAUUUGUCAGGCAUGCCCGAAUGCAAGUUUGGCAUCAAUGACAAAAUCGUUAUGGAAUCGAAAGGUCGAGGCCUUUCCGGCAACUCGGAGGCCGAAACCUCGCGCUCCGGCAAGCCGGUGGUUGUAAUUGACGAUUGCCAGUUCCAUCAGUGCGUCAAGCUGAGCAAGUUCGAGACGGAGCAUUCGAUAAGCUUUAUACCGCCGGACGGUGAAUUCGAACUCAUGCGCUACCGCACAACAAAAGACAUUUCAUUACCAUUCCGAGUUAUACCCUUGGUCCGAGAGGUGGGCCGCACCAAGAUGGAGGUGAAAGUGGUGCUCAAGUCGAAUUUCAAGCCCUCGCUGCUUGGCCAGAAGAUCGAGGUGAAGAUACCCACUCCGCUCAACACCUCGGGCGUGCAAUUGAUUUGCCUCAAGGGCAAGGCCAAGUACAAGGCAUCGGAGAACGCAAUCGUCUGGAAAAUAAAGCGAAUGGCGGGCAUGAAGGAGACGCAGCUCUCGGCCGAAAUCGAACUACUCGAAACGGAUACCAAAAAGAAAUGGACUCGCCCACCCAUAUCCAUGAACUUUGAGGUCCCAUUUGCGCCAUCGGGCUUCAAGGUGCGCUACCUAAAAGUCUUCGAGCCGAAGAUCAACUACUCCGAUCACGACGUGGUCAAAUGGGUGCGCUACAUUGGCCGCAGCGGCCUCUACGAAACCCGUUGCUAAACGUGUUCCACGAUGUUCUUUUGAAUCGAAGGAGCAUAAGGAGUAAACACAAAUAAGAGAAUUGAACGUUAGAGCCAAUAUAUAUUGUUAUUGGAAUUUAACUCAAUCCAAAUUGAACAAAUGUUGUCUCGUA